AGCGGCGGCGAGCUUGCGGCUGCGCGCUGGCCGCAGUUCCCACGGUGCUGCCACGGCCUGGAACGCCGGCAUCUCGCGGGGCGCAGCAGAUCUCUGCCGUUGAAGUCCGAAGUGCAGAAUGAUGUGGAAGGUGGCUACGUUCCUCGCUGUGGUCCUGGGAACUUCUGCCAUUCCCAUUGACGUGAAUGAUCCCGAGGAUGGUGGCAAGCACUGGGUGGUGAUUGUCGCGGGCUCCAAUGGCUGGUACAACUACAGACACCAGGCGGACGCUUGCCAUGCCUACCAGAUCAUUCACCGCAACGGGAUUCCUGAUGAGCAGAUUGUGGUGAUGAUGUAUGAUGACAUCGCCAACUCACAGGAAAACCCCACCCCAGGGAUUGUGAUCAACAGACCCAACGGCACGGAUGUGUACAAGGGCGUCCCAAAAGACUACACAGGAGAGAAUGUCACUUCACAAAACUUCCUGGCUGUGUUGAGAGGUGAUGCAGAAGCAGUGAAGGGCAAGGGAUCUGGAAAAGUCCUGAAGAGUGGCCCCCGGGACCAUGUAUUCGUGUACUUUACAGAUCAUGGAUCAACUGGGCUGUUGGUUUUUCCCAAUGACGAUCUGCACGUGCGGGACCUGAACGAGACCAUCUAUUACAUGUACAAGCACAAAAAGUACCAAAAGAUGGUGUUCUACAUUGAGGCCUGCGAGUCGGGCUCCAUGAUGAACCACCUGCCUGAUGACAUCAAUGUUUAUGCGACCACAGCUGCCAACCCGUCCGAGUCAUCCUAUGCAUGUUACUAUGACGAGGAGAGGGAAACCUAUCUGGGGGACUGGUACAGCGUCAACUGGAUGGAAGACUCGGAUGUGGAGGAUCUGACCAAGGAGACACUGCACCGGCAGUACCAGCUGGUGAAGUCGCACACCAACACCAGCCAUGUGAUGCAGUACGGAAACAAAUCGAUCUCCAGCAUGAAGCUGAUGCAGUUUCAGGGCAUGCGGCACAGAGCCAGUUCUCCCAUCUCUCUGCCCCCGGUCACUCACCUGGACCUCACUCCAGGCCCAGAGGUGCCGCUCAGGAUCCUCAAAAGGAAGCUGAUGCGCACCAACGACCUGGAGGACGUCAAGAAGCUCUCAGCCCACAUUCAGAGUCACCUGAACGCCAGGAACAUCAUUGAGAAGUCGGUGUACCAGAUAGUGAAUCUGCUGGUGCCAUCCCCGGCAGAGGUCAAGAAGCUCCUGACUUCCAGGGCUCCACUCACGAAGCACAGCUGUUAUGAGGCGGCUGUCACGCACUUCCGCACGCACUGCUUCAACUGGCACUCCUCCACGUAUGAGUAUGCACUGAGACACUUGUAUGUGCUGGCCAACCUUUGUGAGAAGUCUUACCCAGUCAGCAGGAUAAAACUGUCCAUGGACAAGGUGUGCCUGCACUACUAGAGAAAUUCUCCUUUUGUACGUGUCAAGACGCCCUUAGCCUGUGUGUUGAUCAGAACCUGAAGAGGUGGAACAGAAGGAGGCCCGAGCCCCCGCCCCAGGCUCCUGUCCCUUUCCGGGCCUUUCUCUCGCAGGAGGGCACAUGCCCUGCCCUUCUCCCUGGCCGUGGGCAGCCCUCGCAGGAGGCUCCAGGAAGCUACAGAUGUGAGAGGGUAAAGCUGGGCCGGGAGAGGUGUGCCCGCCGCAGCUUGGCUUUGUCCCGCCGGCUGGCCAGGUGCGGGAAUGCCGCGGGGCCUCUAGCCAGCAGAGGGGCUUCCAGGGGGGCCUCCAGAGCCCAAGCCUCUUCAGGCCUUCACAGUGAUUUUAUGAAGAAGGUUCUGAGCCCUAUAUGGAAGACUAUUUUUUAGAAAAAUCAUACUUUUUGAUUGCUUUUUGUAUUUUAUUUUGCAAAAACAGAUGAGUCCUGGGAAAUAAAGGUCUGUAACUGA